GCCCGUGACGCGGCGGGCGGGGCAGAGCCUGGCGGCGGCGGCCUCGGCAGCGGGGAGCGGAGCGGAGCGGGGCCGGAGCGGGCGGCUGUCGGGCCGGCAGGAUGCUGGAGAUCCAGCUGGACGAUGGCGGCGUGGGGGGGUACCCGGGCGACGAUUACUGCUCGGGGUCGGUGAUGUCGGAGCGGGUCUCGGGCCUCGCCAACAGCAUCUACCGCGAGUUCGAGCGGCUCAUCCACUGCUACGAUGAGGAGGUGGUGAAGGAGCUGAUGCCGCUGGUGGUGACGGUGCUGGAGAACCUGGACUCGGUGCUGACCGACAACCAGGAGCACGAGGUGGAGCUGGAGCUGCUGCGGGAGGACAACGAGCAGCUGCUCACGCAGUACGAGCGGGAGAAGGCGCUGCGCAAGCAGGCCGAGGAGAAAUUUAUAGAGUUUGAAGAUGCACUGGAGCAGGAGAAGAAAGAGCUACAAAUCCAAGUGGAACACCUUGAAUUUCAGACUCGACAGCUGGAGCUGAAGACCAAAAACUAUGCAGAUCAGAUUUCACGACUGGAGGAACGUGAAUCAGAAAUGAAGAAAGAGUACAAUGCUCUACAUCAGCGUCACACAGAGAUGAUCCAGACGUACGUGGAACACAUUGAACGAUCCAAGAUGCAGCAAGUUGGAGGAAAUAAUCAAACAGAGGGCAGUCUACCUGGGAGAAGUCAUCGCCAGUCGUGGAGGAAAAGCAGGAAGGAACGUCCUAACUCUCUGAAUGUGUUCCCUCUCACGGAUGGCAUGGUACGUGGGCAGAUAGGGGCCAAGAUCGUCCCAACACUGGACCACUGGCACCUGAGUGACCUCAGCCAGCUGCAGUCCAACUCCAGCUACAAGUGUCCCCAGGAUGAAAUGUCCGAAUCUGGGCAGUCCUCAGCAGCUGCCACACCGAGCACCACUGGAACCAAGUCCAACACUCCCACGUCAUCUGUGCCCUCUGCUGCCGUCACCCCCUUGAACGAGAGCAUCCAGCCCAUCAGCGAAUACAAUGGCACGACCAAGAGCAAUAAGAGGGCACGAGAAAAGCGGAACAGCCGGAACAUGGAAGUCCAGGUCACGCAGGAGAUGAGGAAUGUCAGCAUAGGAAUGGGCAGCAGUGAUGAGUGGUCUGAUGUUCAGGACAUCAUAGACUCUACUCCAGAGCUAGAUAUGUGUCAAGACCCCCGCCUGGAACGCACUGGUAACAGCCCAACACAGGGGAUUGUGAACAAAGCAUUUGGCAUCAACACAGACUCUCUGUAUCAUGAACUUUCCACAGCAGGGUCUGAAGUUAUCGGAGAUGUCGAUGAAGGAGCAGAUCUGCUAGGGGAGUUCUCAGUACGGGAUGAUUUCUUUGGAAUGGGCAAAGAAGUGGGGAAUCUGCUCUUGGAGAACUCGCAGCUGCUGGAGACCAAAAAUGCUUUGAACGUUGUGAAGAAUGAUUUGAUUGCCAAGGUGGACCAGCUGUCUGGAGAGCAAGAAGUGCUGAAGGGAGAGCUGGAAGCAGCAAAGCAGGCCAAAGCCAAAAUGGAAACCAGAGUCAAGGAGCUGGAGGAGGAGCUGAAAAGAGUGAAAUCUGAAGCGAUCGUUGCCCGACGAGAACCCAAAGAGGAGGUGGAGGAUGUAAGCAGCUAUCUCUGUACAGAAUUGCAGUGCUCCUCCCCCCUGCAGGACAACAUUCCCAUAGCCCAGCGCCGCCGCUUCACCCGCGUGGAGAUGGCUCGGGUUCUGAUGGAGCGCAAUCAAUACAAGGAGAGGUUGAUGGAGCUCCAGGAGGCUGUCAGGUGGACAGAGAUGAUCAGAGCUUCCCGUGAGCACCCAUCUGUUCAGGAGAAGAAGAAAUCCACCAUUUGGCAGUUCUUCAGCCGUCUGUUCAGCUCUUCCUCGAGUCCCCCACCAGCAAAGAGGACCUACCCGUCAGUGAACAUCCACUACAAGUCUCCAACCACAGCAGGGUUCAGCCAGCGCCGCAGUCACACCAUGUGCCAGAUCUCCUCCGGCAGCCGCACGCUGGAGUUCUUCCCUGACGAUGACUGCACGUCCUCGGCACGUCGCGAGCAGAAGCGGGAGCAGUACCGCCAGGUGCGGGAGCACGUGCGGAACGACGACGGGCGAUUGCAGGCCUGUGGCUGGAGCCUCCCUGCCAAGUACAAGCAGCUGAGUCCCAAUGGUGGUCAAGAAGACACUCGCAUGAAAAACGUCCCUGUGCCUGUAUAUUGUCGUCCACUAGUAGAGAAGGACCCGACCAUGAAGCUGUGGUGUGCGGCUGGAGUCAAUCUCACGGGAUGGAGACCUUUGGAGCAGGAGUCUGGGAACGGACAGAAACUGGAUCCUGGACGUGAUCCCCUCACCUGUGAUAGGGAAGUGGAAGGCGAGAACAACAAAAGUAACCAUACCUCUCCUGAAAAGAAAAAGGCAAAGGAGCUCCAUGAAAUGGAUGCCACAUCCAGUCGUGUCUGGAUCCUCACCAGUACGCUGUCAACAAGUAAAGUUGUCAUUAUUGAUGCCAAUCAGCCUGGCACAGUGGUGGACCAGUUCACUGUCUGCAAUGCUCAUGUGCUCUGCAUCUCCAGCAUCCCUGCGGCCAGUGAGAGCGAUUAUCCUCCAGGCGAGAUCUUUCUGGAGGGAGAUGUAAAUCCUGAAGAGUCGUCCGGAACGGAUGGUGUCUUGGCAGGAAUCACUCUGGUGGGCUGUGCAACGCGCUGCAAUGUGCCACGAAGCAAUUGUUCCUCGCGUGGUGACACACCUGUGCUGGACAAGGGACAGAGUGAGGUUGCUGCUGUCUGCAAUGGGAAGAUCAACCAGUCCCAGUCUACUGAGGAGGCAACAGAAGCUAUGGAGGUACCAGAGAACGGUACAAGUGAGGCAGAGCCUGCUCAGGCCCGGCCUGGGCCCCUCACGGAGCACGUGUUUACAGAUCCAGUCCCUGCACAGGCACCUCUCGGGCAGAAUGGGGAGAAUGGGCAGCCGAAGAUGGAGUCAAGCACAACAUUGCCAGACCAGGAAUUGAAUGGAGAUGCUGCUGGGACUUGCACCAGUGCUGCCCCCACCAUGUGGCUGGGAGCACAGAACGGCUGGCUUUAUGUGCACUCAGCUGUAUCCAACUGGAAGAAGUGUCUGCACUCGAUAAAGCUGAAGGACUCUGUACUGAGUCUAGUGCAUGUGAAAGGGAGGGUCCUUGUUGCUCUGGCAGAUGGAACACUAGCCAUAUUCCACCGGGGAGAAGAUGGUCAGUGGGAUCUCAGUAAUUAUCACCUGAUGGACCUCGGUCACACUCACCAUUCCAUCCGCUGCAUGGCCGUUGUGUAUGAUAGAGUCUGGUGUGGCUACAAGAACAAAAUCCAUGUUAUCCAGCCUAAGACAAUGCAGAUCGAGAAAUCCUUUGACGCUCACCCUCGGCGGGAGAGUCAGGUGCGACAGCUGGCGUGGAUUGGAGAUGGAGUGUGGGUUUCCAUCCGCCUGGACUCCACUCUGAGGCUUUACCAUGCCCACAGCCAUCAACAUCUUCAAGAUGUCGACAUUGAGCCUUAUGUCAGCAAGAUGCUAGGCACUGGAAAGCUGGGCUUCUCGUUUGUGCGGAUUACAGCCCUGCUCAUCGCUGGCAACCGCCUCUGGGUAGGGACAGGGAACGGUGUCGUCAUCUCCAUUCCUUUGACUGAGACUGUAGUCCUCCACCGAGGCCAACUCCUUGGGCUCCGGGCCAACAAGACUUCACCAACCUCUGGAGAGGGCAAAAGCUCUGGUGGGGUCAUCCACGUAUACGGUGAUGACAACAGUGACAAAUCUGCCAGCAGCUUCAUUCCAUACUGCUCCAUGGCUCAGGCACAGCUCUGUUUCCACGGCCACCGCGAUGCUGUCAAGUUCUUCGUCUCUGUGCCUGGCAAUGUCCUGGCAACCCUGAAUGGGAGCGUGUUGGACAGCCCUUCCGAGAACCCCAGCACAGCGGCCACAGAGACCGAGGGGCAGAAGCUGAAGAACGUCCUGGUGCUGAGUGGAGGAGAGGGGUACAUUGAUUUCCGGAUCGGGGAUGGAGAAGAUGAUGAGACAGAGGAGAAUGCAGGAGAUGCCACCCAGGUGAAGCCAGUACUUUCCAAGGCUGAAAGGAGCCACAUUAUUGUGUGGCAGGUAUCAUAUAUCCCUGAGUGAGAAUUUCUCCUUUCCCACCAAUGUAAGUGUCCCUCCUCCCGCCUGAAUGCCAAGAUGUACAUACAGAACACCUGCAUUAUACCUGCUGCUGGAAACCGACCCCAGACAACUGCAACGGCUCCUGCCUUGGACUGUGACCCCCUUCUAACCCCUGAACUUGCAGCUUUCAUCUUGGGCCCGUGCGCUUUCUGCGUGGUUGGAUUACUGUUCUGCUCCGGAGCUGGCAUCUACAAGGAGAGAAAUGGCAGUUCAUCGGUGAGGUGAAGCUUGGAGCUAGGACUGUGCAAAGCCUUUGACCAGCACUCGGGAGCUGGCAGCUGGAUGGCGAGUGGCUCAGGUUCUCCAGCAGUUGCCUCACUCCCACCUGCAUGAGAAGAAGUACGCUCCCCCUGGCAUCCCCCGCCAGAGUGGUGAUGCUAAUCACAACUUCUGCAGCACCCUAGCAGAAAUCCUUUCUAGUUCACCAGUGGACUUUCCACCUUAUCCACCCUUAAGCACAGAAUAAUGUCCCAUGUACUGAGAGCAGCCAUGUCCAAGGAGCAUUCAACCAAAAGUGGUGUCAGGGUUUGGGCAGCACUUCAGUUUGGCUGGAGAAGGCAACAGUGCCAUUACUGUGGGCAACACAUCCUCCAUACUUGCAGAUGGAAAAUCCCCCUCCUCUGCUGCUGCUGCUGUUGUCUCAGCAGUUGUGUGCUGUGUCCCGAGAGGAUUGCUUAGUAGCCUCAGAUGGGAGAUGGGUGUUUGAUCGUGGAGGCCACAGGGCUUUUGGAAGCUGUGGUAGAGAAGGGGUACUGAAACCUUGCUUUUCUAAGAGAAAAAAAGGGAGCCAUACUUUAACUUCCCCUUCCAAAAAUGGCAGGCAGAAGAGAACUCUUGAGUUCAUUCUGAAAGGUUCACUAGAAAGCUAUCUCUGUGUAGCAUUUUUUGGCUUUUAAAAUACAGGUGAGGGCAAAUGAUGUUGGUCUGCUGUGAAUUCUGCAUUAACACACCGAGAUUACCUUGUCUCCUAAGGCUGUGUCCCUGUCCCAGGAACUGCUGGAAGGAGAUGGCUGUUUUCCUUCAUGCUCUGGCUGUCAGUUAGGAAAGGCUCUGUAGGUGCAGCCAAGGUAUAGAAAGGCUGUGUCUCACCUGAGGUCACACAGAAAAAGGAGUUGAGGCCAGAUCUCCCGACUUCUUUUACCUAACGUUGCGAGCACUGACUUUGUUAGUAUGAAAAGCAGCUCCAGAUGUAGAGGCAAUGGUUUGUCCUCCCUUUCUGACAGUAGAAACAGUCCUGUCUCCACAAGGACAUGUUCAGUUUCCUUUGAAUGCUCCCUCCCAGAUGUGCAGGACUAGAGUGAGUAGCAGUUGUUAAGGAUGAAUUUGGAAGCUCCUUGUGGUCAUCUUGUUUCUUCUCUGAGCUGUGCAGCCCUCCAGGGUUCACAGGGAUGUCCUAGUGCCAGUGCGGCACUAUGGGGACAGAUGGCGGGAGCCUCCAUCUCCUGGACAUCUCCCAGCUCUGUCCUGUGCUUGUCCCCGUGGACCAGACUGCCCCCAAGGCUUGUGAUCUUAAGCCACUCAUGCUGCAGGGAUGCAGUAUUCCCUGGGGAAGCUCUAACCUGUGGCACCUGUCCUGAUGCAGCAGCACUAAAAUGCUUUUUGGAUCCACAGUUCAGAAGAGGCUGGGGCAGGAGGACAUCUUUGGAGAACAGAGGCCUCAGCCACCAAAGUAUGGAGCCACCAUGGUGGCCACGCUGCCUGUGAGCGGUGCUGGUGACCCACAUCACUCCUCACCGAGGUAGGAGAGCAGUUGCACAGUGUCCUCCAGCCAUUGGCAGGCCGGGCUCUGGCCGACAUUUGGCUAAGGGAUGCUUGGAGCCACCACUUGCAUGCAGGGGGACAUUUCACCAGGGACAUUUCUCUGGGGCACUGCUGACGGUGCCAAACUUCUCAUUCACUUUCCCAAAAUGCUUUCUGCUAGGAAGAGCUCUUUGGAUCACAACACAGAGUGCAUUAUAGUUAACAGGAUCAACAUUUAGACCACAGAUUCCACAGACGUGACAGUUCAUCAGUUAGGGACAGGUAAACUUCAUCAUUUAAGCUAACUGAAGGAAAAAAAAAAGUGACCUAGUAGGCCCAGUUCCUUAGCUCUAUCAACCCUUCCAUAGGAAUUAUAGAAUUGCAACGUUCUUACCUCUUACUGUUUGUUCUGUAUCUGGUUUUAGCAGUCGAAGUGACAGUACUCAGUCUUCUGUCACCCACUGGGCCCUGGCAACACAAGGAGACCGGUCUGGGGCCUCUACCAACAGGUUCUUUCCCAGCUCAGUGCAUGUUUUCCUGCAGGAGAAGCACAUGUCCGAGAGGGGCAACUCCAGCUACGUAGAACCAGCCUCUGCUGUCAGAUCCCAUGGGCGUUUGGUGGCUGCUGGGCAGCAAGGUGAGAACUGACUGGCUUCAACACACUUCCCUGUCAUAUCUCCACUGUGAUGUAUGUAAAGUAUCUUGUAUGUUACAAAAGGAUUUUAAAAAGUGUCUUAAGGCCUGUAAACUCCGCUGUUUGGUCUGAAGAUGGCAUUCUGUAAAGAGACUGCUGUAUGAAUAUGUUCCUAUGCUUUGUCCCCUAUGCUAUCAAACAACAAACCAUAUCUGUUCUGUAUGUAAUAAAUGUGUUAACAUGA